AUGGCGAAGCCAUGGAAUCUCAACGACGUGUACAGCGAGGACAUCCGCCUUCUUUACGUGCCUGCCGACGGCCGAUGCCUCUUUUGGACCCUGCUCUUGCACUCGCUGACCGACCAUGAGAAGGCAGAGUGGCGUGCAGCAGAGCGAUGCAAUGGGUGGCCAGCGGAGCAGAGCCUGCAGACCUUCGUUCACAGCAAGCUGAAGUUGAGCAACCAGUGCAAGACUGCCUUUCUGAACAGCCGAACGCCAAGCGAAGACGAAAUCCUUCAAGUUUUGGAAGACAAUGACAUGCAGCUUUAUCAGUUCGGAACCUGCACGGAGCCUUUGCGGCCGAUGCAAGUGUGGGGAGAGGAAUCCGCCGGCAAGACGAUCUGCGUUUUGAACGCAGGAUCCGUGGAUGGAGGUGGCGCGACCCACGAGCACUUCACGUACAUGUGGAUAGUGUCCAAGGAGGGACUUGCGACCCCAAGACCUUUUGAAACAGCCGAAGACGUGGCGGAAGGUUGGAAGGGGAGGGCGGGCAAGAUUGUUGUUUCGGGGGAGGUGGGGCGUGGCUACUCGGUUGUUUUGCAGAAGGCAGAAGAGAGACAAUACAAAAGUUGCCAUGGUAAGCUCGGGCGGAAGGCCAUAGACCUUGACAGUGAUGAUCCCAUUGAUGAUGGCUCGGAAGAGGCGGUGAAGCCAGGGCAAGAAGCGAGGGCAUUCUUGUUUGAUGUACAAGCCUUUUGA